CGCGGCAACGUCCCCGAAAAAAAAAAGCACGAAGUUCGGGUGCUGAUGGUCGCGCGUUCAAACCCCGGAAUUGAGCACACUUUUAUAUCGUCGUCCUAACUUCUGGCGCCCUUGCUUAGCAUGCGCCCAAAGGCUCCAUCGACAUCAUGGCCUGGGAGCUAGAGGGCCUGAUCGCGCAUCUAUUGAUGCUGGUCGCCUGUGCUGGUGAACGAGGUUGCUCUGUCGAAGAAGUACUCCGGGCUAUUCGUGACUCGGCAGCACCAACGAGCUCCCGCUCCUCUGUCGCCGAGGAGCCGCCUGUGGUAGAUCGGGCUACCGAGACCAUGUGGAACUGGCUCGUCCAAAGAAGCGACAUCUCUGUUGGCCACGAGAGACAAUUUAAUGGUCUUGCACUGCCCGAUCUCCUCGACUUGCAGCAAACUCGUGCCCACAACCGAGUUGACGCGGAUGACUCGGCCUUGUCUUCGACGCCGGACCACGGAAUCAGGGUUCAUGUGUCAGAAGCCACCAUGUGGGAGGCCAUCACCGGCCAUGCCGUCGACUAUAAGCGCAUUCCCCGCUCCGAGUGGGUGCUCUUACUCGGAAUUGCCUCGACCGGACCAAGCGGUAUCCUGCAGGGCGAUCUCGGGCGGCUCGUCGUACAAGACAAGCGCUCUGUGCCCAAGCGGACCGAUUCGCUUGUUCGGAAGGGCUACAUUGUCAAGAGGACCACGCUCGUUCGUGGAACCAAAACCAGCAAGCUAUGGCUCAAGCACUUGGCUCCUCCUUUGCCCAAGGAAAGUGACUCGACAAGUCAGCCAAUGCCUGAGAUGACAUUAGCUCGUCAGGCAUUGGCCGAUAGCCUUGACCCUGUACCCUGGCACGCCCGCUGGACCGGCACAGAUGUUGACUACACUGCCUUGGCAACAACUGUCAUGGCCAUCGCCAAGGAGUGGGAGGUGAUACGCAUGAACGACCUCAAAUCGAAGCUGGGUGUUCUAGAAAUGCGGUGGCAAAUGAAAGUCUUGUCCAAGACUUGCCGCUUCCUCGCCUCUCGCGGUGCGAUACAGUAUGUUGCAGCUAAGCUUGAUAACAAGGUGUUCAAGGACUGCAUCAGGUUCUGCCGUGAACUGAACGCCGAAGACUGGUCCAUAUUUCUGGCGACUGGAAAAAAGGCCGGCAGACCGUCGAGGAGCGCGGCAGAAGAUGAUUUGGACGGUGAGGACAACGCUCGACGCGCCAGUAGCAUCCGGCUCAGCACGUUGCCCCCUUGGACACCGGACAAACCUCUACCUUGGACUAUUAUACAGCUGGUGCAGGCGUCCAGUGACAAUGGACUGUCAAAUCCAGACAUCUAUUCACUGACACUUGGCGCAACCUUUAAUCGCUUCCUCUCGGCCAUGACUGGAUCUAUGGCCACGCCAGGCCUGCAGCCUGCCCCUCUCAAGCACAUGCAGUUACGAAGUGAGCACGCGAGAUCGGGCAAAGUCGCGUCAUAUCUCUUCUUCCCGCAGAGCAAGACCACCGAAGUGCCCCGGCAGUCCGAUCUCGUGAAAGCAUCGGCCGCGGCAGACGCACAGUGCUACGGCCUCGGGCCUGCGCCGACGUUGCCCACGAUGGGUUCGGCGCCUUUAUCGCUCGCGAGGGUAUGUGGAGUCCGCCUGAAGGCACAGAAGGCACCACGCCACAUUCAACAGACCCCUUCGCGAGGAUCCACGGCACCGCAGAAAAAAGCCAGUUCAGACAAACGGGUUGACCAAGCUACAGCUCGGACAGAGGAUGAGAGGCCAAAACUUAUCGUCAACCUCAAGAUUUCCCCAGAAGUGCUUCUCGCUGCCCGGGCCUCGGAGAUCUCUUCCUCAGCUACUGCCGUUGAGGGCCAUGAGGGCAGUCCACAAGAUGAGGCGAAUGAGGAACGACACAGCCAACCAGAAGUUGCUGAGGACUCUUCGGAACAUGCCAAUGAGAUUAGUACCCCGCCGUCAAUGGCUUUUAGAGGCCGUGGCUCGGGUCGAGCUCGCGGACGCCCUCGUGGACGGGGGCGCGGUAAGCGCGGCCGAGGAGCACAAGCGAAAGGAUCAACCCGUGAAGAACAGCCAUCUUGGCGGCCGUGGACAUGUGAGAAGUGCGGUGGAAGCUGGAAGAACGACCUGGGCCUGAAGUACCAUUUGGAGAAGUCGAGAUCAUCCUGUAAUCCUGACUACGUCCCUCCCGCCGUCCCCCCUGGCCGGCGUACGAAGGCUACGUUGCCCUCUUACACAACAAAAUCGGAGGCUUUCUAUAAGGGCGACUCGGCGGAAGACGAAGGGACGCCUGAGGAAAGUAUUUCUUUUGUCCCCGAUGAGCCUCGGGCUUCCAGAAGCGGAAACAAGAGGUCCUUGGAGAAGCCAUGCGACGACACGUUCGAGAGCACACCGACCAACAGAGAAGGUGCUUUGGGAGAUUCGCGCGAGACGCCUGUGGCAACAGCCAGAACUCCAACCACACUAGUCGAAGAAAAAGGUCCGUUUGUCCCAGCGAAGACGGGGCAGGGUGCACUCCUGGACACCGUGGCCAGCUUACCUCGACACACUUUGGCCCUCGUGGGCAACAGUCCUACACCUGCUCCUGCUCGUCCGCCAACUCCAAAUGAACCUGCCAGUGGAAUAGGCCAGCCUGAGGAAUCCGAGACGGUUUCAGCCGCCCCCCGGCAGGGAGCCAAGUUGAGACUGGCAGGACAGGAAAGGCAAAGGGAAGUUCUUAGUGAUCAACGUCGCAACAGAACCAAAAAGGCCAUGCUGGUUCAGAUAUCAAGAAUCAUCGAAAAUCUCUUGGAACAACGCGGCGGCGUGCUCAUGGGUGGCUCGACCCUUGUGCAGGAUGUCGUAUCCUCAUGGGACACCCAUUUCCCUACCGAACCGGCUCCUUCGGAAAGGAACUGCCAGGUCGCACUAAGGGAAAUGAUCAAGAAGAGGGCCGUGGCUGAACAGUGGCAUGCCUUUCGCGACGAAAAGGGCAUGUUUUGCAAAUGCCAGCUGAUAACUCGGCCGAAUCUCGAUGCCUUCGCGCCAGAGUCUUUGCGCCUCAUCGAUCAGCUGAAAGUGGGGGCCGGCGAGGUGUUUCAAAACUCGGUGGCUGGUCAGGACGCAAUUUUAGAUGCCAGCAUCUCGACUGGAACCAGAAUCCGUGGACGCCGGCCUUUGCCCAACGAGGUGGCUGUCCUGGACGCCCCUGUCUAUGCUGCGCAGCUGGCUGCAAAGAGAGCUGCAGGUGCUGAGACUCCUCGCCGCGUAAAGCGUUAUAAGUAUUCUGUGGAUCCCAAGUCUGAAGAUGGCAAUGGCCUCGUAACCCUUUCACAGCAUCGAAGGGGCAGAAAACGCAAACUUAGCCAGGGCAGAUGGGACGAUGGCUUUGCAAGCCCCUCAAAUGGCACCCAGGUGGCUACCCGAGGCAUCACGUUUCUGGAGCCCAAUACUCACCUCGAUGACGACUUUACGCCAGGCACUGGAUCGACGAAGAGCGACACACCACGGUUUUCUGGCCACUUAACCUCCCUGGGCGAAGAGGAGGUUACUGAGCAGCCGGCAGCCGGGCCGGUUGCCCACAUAUUUGGCCCAGCCACUCCCGUAGUCGGCUACAGGGGUACUUGGCCCUGGCUCAGCAACGCAGAAAUCGACAGUCUCGGCAGUAGCCUGGUCCUCAAAGGUUGGAUGCCGAACAGUAAAUGGUUUGAGUGGUCCGCCUUUAACGAUCAGGUCGAGGAGCGGCUUGCGCUGUUGGACCACAAGAAGCACAACUUGGCCCUGAUGGACACGCCCCAUCAGCAAUUUCUCCGCAGGUUACGUGCCUGCUUGGACGUGGAGCUGUCGCAUGAGUCUCACUUCGUCAGAGCCGCGUCCGGGGAGGCUGGCCCGCAUAACAUUUUUGUCCACUUUCACGCUGACACGGAUGGGGCCAUCACUGGGCAUCUUCCUGAACUGAUCUGGUCAGCCAAGGAGCAGCUUACGCUGAAUUCUGUGGAGGGCGUUUUGGCGAGCAAUGCAGGUGAGGGCGCCUCCUCCUCUUCUGAUGAAGAUCUAGAGCCUGCCUCGCGCCGGACUACCACUCAGGCACGGACGUCAGCUGGUGAUGCCGGCAGCUUGAGCGCGAGACUGCCGAAAGUCAAGCGCGUGGCCUUGGUAACCCGUGCUCUUACUGCCCUUUCAACCCCUAAAAACAUGGCCGAAGAUCUUUCGGCAGGCAGCUCAGAGAUCGAUAAUCGAUCCGAGCUUCUCGCUGCUUUUGUUGCAAUCCGCUCGGUUCUGGGGGGCGCAGACAAGGCAGUUGAUUGGGGCCUGCUCAAGAAGCUGUAUCCUCAUAUCGGUAUUGUUCAUCUGAGGAGAUUUUGGACAGUUGUUCGAAGGGAACAGGCGGCCUACAUUUCCAACUUCACCCGGGUCUUCCAAGACAAGCUCAUCUCUGCGUUCGAAAGCGGCGAGCUUCCCAUUAUAAACUUCGAUAAGCCCCUUGACUAUGACUGGAGUAAACUGAUUCGCUGGACCAUGCAACUGCCUCGACAAGAUGGAUUCCAGAUGCCACGCUCGAGAGAACUUCUUGACCAGCACUAUUCUCUGAACGGGGUUCAGCGCAAGACCGAGGACUGGAGGGAGAGAUAUUUUCACGUCCUGACGUCGACCUAUACUCGCUUCGAAGCAGUCACUCUGGACGCCGGUGCUGUCACGCUCACGAAUGCAUCUACUGGAGCGGCUGCAUGGCCGGCACUGACCGUGACCGACUUUGACGUGGCAAAAUCCUGGAUCAAAUCGCUAUGUAGCACUGGAGAGGCGCGAUAUUCGAGCGAGCAGAUCAAGGCCAAGCUCAACGAGCUAUGCCCAGGGAACAAACAGCAGCGGGCAGCAAUCUUUCGCCAAGCCACAUCGCAACUGACCGAUCAGAAAGUCAUUUGUCGAAGCAAAAAGACCUUGCUGGGCGGGCGUCCGUAUCGGUUGAACGAAUGGUACGUGGCGAAUUUGACGAAGAUGGCGCAGUCGGCAAAGUACGACGAUGCCGCGAACUUCAAGGCGCAAAUGGACGCUGCCUUUCGCAGCCAUGGGUCGAUGGCGGUCCCGUACACGCUCAGCGAGGGGGCGAUGAUGGCUCUGACCAACUUGAACGGAGCGGGAAGAGUCAGCCUCGUUCCCGUGGGGCUUCCCGACAUCCCUCUAGGCUUCGAGCCGGGCAACUACGAAAGCCGCAAGUAUCCCAAGUCGUACUAUCACUUUGGGCUCAACGCUGUGCCGACGGGAACGUACAAGUACAACGAGGACAUCGACGUGCUACAAGCUGUGUUGGCCGACGGGCCACCAGCGGGCCACCCUGGAGACGAGCUGCCUCAGUGGAUCGACUUCUUCGGAGCCAGCGACGGCCAGGUGUGGUCAGAGAUCCUCGGUGCAUUUUGCUUUGCCUUUGCUAUACGGGGCGCCAUGACCAGGGAGGGUAUCUGCAGUGCUCUUCACCCUACCUUGGACCAGUUCGAGGCCCAGCUCAUCAUGGAAUGGGGCCGAAGGACGGGCGUGCUGGUGAACACGAUGGACGGUAUGGCGGUGACCGUUGGAGAAUGGUGGUGGCUGGUGGUCCCAUGGCUGCGCAAUGGGCAUGCCUCGUAGCAAUAGGUGCUGAUAGGGCGCCUGGCUGGAGAUGGCUGGUAAGAUGGAGCUGGGCAUUUACAUGGAGGACGUUGGUUGGCACAAUUGUUUGCAUCUUUCCUGCUUCGUACCCAGAUACCCCUGAUAGGCGCCGAGCCAACCGGCCCAGGUCAAUCUUUUAGCUGACAACCCCAGGAGCAACAACGACG